UCUUGUGUCUAAUUAUGGAUCAUUUAAGUUAUUAAUUUCACUGUUACGACGUUGAGGUCUCGACCUAAAGUUAUUAGAACCAACAGGUACCUGCUGGCUUACCAUAUAUCGCCUGAUACAACGUUCAAUCUAAACAAGCCUUCCUAUUGGUUCAAGAGCUUUCUAGAUAUACUGAAAAGCCCUUGAAGUGUUGGCAGUUUAACCACAGUAACCAACACCUGGUAGAUUUACGCAUGCGCCAAGGGUGAGGAGGUCCCGUCAAAAUGAUUGUUGUUUCCUUGGUGCCUUGUUGAGGCGACGCGCCUUACCGCUACAGGGCAUAUGUAAAAUCGGAAGCCCAAAAGUUAAAAUACAAUAACUGUCGAAAUCUAUUACAGCUAAUUUUCUGCGGUUAGUCUACUCUCUUCAAGACACUUGCUUCGCGUUUCAACUAGAAAAGUGUAAUAAUCGGAAAGGAUUGGUUGCAAUUUAAAGGACAAUAUGAAGCCAUUCAAAUAUUUUAAACAACCGAGAACUCAAAAUGUCGCUUUGUUUUAAAGUUAAGUCCGCAUGGAGGGAGUUCACUACAGUGUUAUGUCGAAGAAAAUCGUCUUCAUGUUCUUCCACGGUCAACGAGGCGAUGCACUUAGGAGCAGAACUCGGCACAAACGUACAAAAACGUCUUCUAAUGAAAGUAGAUGACGCAAAAUUAAACUCUCCUAGCAGUUCAUUCGAAGCUCACGGUGUGCAGUUCAGCACAAGGAAAGAAAUGGAUGAGUUUAUCUCCAAAAUGGAAGCAAUGCGGGAAAUUUUUGAAAAAGAAAUUUCGGAGAUAAGCCUUCAACACAAGCGUUUGAGGGCCGGAGGGUAUUUAUUGAACAGUCGAGUGUUGGAAAUGGAAAGAAUUAUUAAGACAGAUAGAAGAAAAGGUUCUAUUGGAGGCUUAAAGGCACCGAGUUUUAAUGACACAUCUUAUUACACAAGCCAGGAUCUGCAGCUCCUUCAGGAAAUGGAUAGAGUAUAUGACAUGUUGGACAAUUCUCAAGAGGAAAUUAGUUCAUUGAGAAGACAUCUUGAUAUUGAAUUCAAGGAAAGAACUUUGUAUCCUGAGCCGACUAUGCUACGCUCUACCGCUGUUGAAGAUGAAUUUUCAAAGAAAAUGAAACAAGAUGGCGGACUUCAUUAUCAAAGCAAAGACAAAACAAUGCAACGAAUAACCUAUCAAUGUCUACCGCCGCCAUUUUCCCUUCAACAGAUAAAAACCCAGGUUAAAUAGUUAACGUUCUUCGAAUGGAGACGUUUCCUUGUGCAUGUUUUGCUUCCGUUCAUUUAAAGGAUUUCGACUUCCGGGUUUUGUAGCAAGAAUACGGAUUCAAUUUCAUUUCCUGUUGGUAUUCAAUUCUGGACUACCCAAUAAAAACAGACAACAUAAAUUAAAUCCAAUUAACUCGAGAGCCAGCCUACAUCCAAAACUUGUCUGUUGGGAUGUGGAAGUAAGAAAUAAUAGGGGAGGGGAGGGAAGGUGUCAUUUCUAUUCUCGAUCCACUACCUUGCUGACGGGUAUUUACAUUACUCAUUCCUGGUGGUGAUAACAAAGAUCGCAGGCUCAGACGUUCGUGACUCGAAAUUAUCAAAAAUAAAUUUAAUUUUCGUACAAAUUUCAUCUUAUUCAGACUUUUUAUAAAUGAUUUCAUCAAUUAUUUUUAAGCCAACUAAGUAUACAGAUUGCUAUAUAUAAUCGUAAUUUUUCAUACCUUUUCUGAUUUGUUUGAACGAAUAUGAGAGACGUAAGAUAAUACGGGAUUCAAACGACAACAAUAAGACUUCGCCAUCCGAAAUCUCAGUGAUUUUUGUGGAUUGCCUCAUGAUAAAGCAACUGUUUUGUUAGGUUAGGUUUUGUUUAACUUUUAGGAAAAAGAUCAACGUAUAACGUCAUCUUAAUCAUAUGUACCAUUUUUUUAAGUGCCUAUAACACCUAACUCAAUAUUUUUAGUAUU